UUCGCUUCAGGGCUCCGAGUAUGACUUCCCAGAAUCCCUCCACCCUCUCGCAGUCGCGUUAGGACGCGAAGUGAACCUUAUUUCGACAUAUUUGUUAAAUUUUUUUUUUUUAAUUAUUAUUAUUAUUAUUUUUGGAGUUUGUUUUCGGGUUUCAUCAUGGAGGAGCAGAUGAACAGAGAGGAGCUUUUUCAAGAUGUAUCAAAAGACCAGCAGCUGAGCAAUGCCAAGGAGGAGCUGGAGAAAUGGAAAAAAUUAGUGGAGUCUGCAGAUACAGAAAAAUCCAGGUUGCUUCUGGAAAAAAUGGAUACGGAAGAUGCAAAGAAAAAAGCCCAGCAGGAGACCACAGAUGUGAGGAACACUGAAGAGCAACUUGCAGACAGCUUCCACAAAACAAAGAAGGAUAUAGAGGUGGAAAUAAAUAAUAUGAAAAAAGCUAACCAGGAUCUGCAGAAGAAAUUACAGCAUUAUAAGGAGCUGCUCAAAUCUAAGAAGGCUGAAACGGACAAUUUGCAACAGAGAUUUAAGAUCAAAGCUCAGAUCCCUGAGAAACGAUUGAGAUUCACUCACAUCGAACAAAAGGAGGCUGAUGAGACUGAUGAGCAAGAGCAUGCUGGUCAGGAUAUCAAGGCAAUGUUCACCAUCAUCCAGAGACCUUCCUUUCUGUUGAAAGGUGGCGAAGCUCUCAUCACGUUUGAGGAAGAGAACGUGGCGGAUCAGAUCCUCAAGCUGCCGAAGUGCACUGUGGCCUGCGAGAAAACCAGGAGUGAAGUAAAGCCAAGCACUUUACCUCUUGAGCCCUCUGCGAAAUUUGAGGUGCAUAUUAGGGUGUCCAAGAGGACCAUCGAGUUCUCAAAUGCUUUUGCUUGUAUGCCCGAGGAACGAAUGAGAGACCGCUUGGAGCUGGGCUUCUCAAAACCAAGCCGUGGUGGAGGCGAGGUGGAGAGAAUGGAAUAUGACGUGAAUUCUGGAGCAGGGCGCAUUACCUUCCUCAAUACUGGAGUUGCAGAGAAUUUGACCCUUAGGGGAAAUUUGUACAUAGAUGCCGUCAAUGGGAUGGAAGUCAGCGUGGCGCCAUUGUAUGACUACCAGCUGAAGAAGUUUCAGACAUUCUCAGGGGUGCCAAAGCGUACCGUACUGCUCAGAGGCAUUCAGGAUGCAAGCGAUGAAGAAGAUAUGCAGGACCAUCUGGAGAUCCAUUUCCAGAAGCCUAGCAACUAUGGCGGAGAGGUGGAGACCAUUAAAUAUGUCUCGCAUGGAAAGGAACUGAGGGCUUUCUUCAGUGAGGAUUGUGCUAAAGAGGAAGCCCAAUAAGCAAAUCGUCUGCAGAUACUACAUGCAAACUCUUUCCUAUAGCAAUGUUAUGGCAAAUUGAUCUUUUCCUAUACAUAACUGAGGUAAAUGUGGCAUUGUCAGGUAUAUCUAUACUAAGGACGAUUAUGAUUUGGCUUUCCUUGGCUCGUAAAAAUGGUCACAAAUCACAAUUGGCUUUAACAAAUAAUAAUAAUGAAACAUCACUGAAUAUUAUUCUCAGAGGUGGCUUAUGCUAAGUAAAACAGAUGGCUAAUUAUUGCAUUGAAGCUAUUUCAAUAAUUAUUGAAGCUAAAUUGGGUUUUAUGCAUACAGAAAAAGCAGUGAUGACAUAAUAUUUAUUUCAAUAUUUCUGAUUCAUUCCAUUAAUUAUGGGAAUUUUUUUUCCUCUGCUUGACAUGACCCAACCUUGAUAUCCUUUUAAGUCAUGAAAUAAAAUCAAAUUCUAUUCAA